UUUAUCAAUAGAAAUUUUGCAAGUUUCUGAUGUCCGAACGAAUGAAUGCCUCUUUACAGGUCUUUGUUAUCUAUUUUAGGUUCUUCAAAUGGCACAAAGUAGCAACAUCAAGGAUACGGUUUACGGGUUCAAAGGUUACGAGGGGACAGAAUGGCUUCUCGAGAUGAACCUUCCGCGUGCGUCCAUGGAACCUGACGAAGCUUCUGUCACUAAAAUCAAGCAAAAUAACAAACAACUUAGUGAAAUGCUGACAGCUAUUGCACGCGAUGCUUCUGAGCACAAUAUUGACACGAUCUGUAGCCAAUGGGAUAGUUAUGGCCUGGGAAAAGCAAUUGCUAUGUCAGCAAGGUUGGCAAGCAUAUCACGAGCAUUCGGUACUGACCACUACGAGGAUAUAGACACACAAAUCAAGAAUUGUCUAGAAAAGUGGCUUCGUGUCCAAGAUACCCUGGCAGACAUGUGGAAGUUCCACUAUGACACUGUGUGGGGCGGCCUGUUCCUCCGAGCCACUAAUAACGCUGAUGUUGGCUAUGGAUAUGACUUUGGUUUCCCUUAUUACAACGACCACCACUUUCACCUAGGGUACCUUCUGUACGCCAUCGCCUACUACGUCAAACACCACCAGGACUGGGGCCAGCAGCACAAAGAACGUGUGUAUGCCCUUGCUAGAGAUGUCGGUAACCCGAGUUAUAUGGACAAAUAUUUCCCCGUUGUUCGCCAUAAGGACGUGUACAUGGGCUUCUCCUGGGCUACGGGCGUGGUUCCAGGCCAGAGACAAGAAGAAUCGUCCUCGGAAGCAUUGAACUGUUAUCAUGGCCUCGCUGCCUUGGGAGAUGCUUACAAUGACGACGUAUUGAAGAAGACCGGUCAGGUGACGCUUGCCACGGAGAUUGAAUCCGUAAAGGAAUACUUUCAUGUGCGGAACCAUAACGAGGCUCACUUUCCACCAAUCAUCAGAGGUUACGGAGCAGUAGGACAGAUCGCUGAGGAUAACUUUUACGUUUACACCCUGAACUGGCCGUGCGCACCUAAUGUAUUCCCAAUGAGACAUGCAUGUCUAAUUGGUAUACAGAUAAUACCCAUUACAGCCGCGUCAAAGUACUGGAUGGAUCAGGAUUGGGCAUCUCAUAUAAAAAGCUCGUGUACUCAAGCCAUCCAUCCAGAAACUGCACCCGAUUAUAAUCUGACUAACCCCGGGGAUAUGGGGAAACUUGACUCGGGCUGGGCGGCAUUCUGUUAUGCAGGCAUGGCUCCAUAUGAUGAUACACAUAUGCAAAUGGCUGCCGACUUUGUCAAGAAUAAAGGCCCAAGGCAGUUAGUAGGAGGAACUGGUGCCGCCAGUACCUUACUCUUUAUAUACGGACGUACAUAGUAUACCUCAACAACAACACUGGCCAGAGAUAUCUCAUUUGUCUCUACCAACAAUAAUCACCAAAACUACUGUUUAUAUACGGACGGACAAUAAUCACCAAAACUACUGUUUAUAUACGGACGGACAAAGUAUACCUCAAUGACACUGGUCACAGAUAUCUCAUUUGUCUCUACCAACAAUAAUCACCAAAACUACUGUUUAUAUACGGACGGACAAUAAUCACCAAAACUACUGUUUAUAUACGGACGGACAAUAAUCACCAAAACUACUGUUUAUAUACGGACGGACAUAGUAUACCUCAACAACAACACUGGCCAGAGAUAUCUCAUUUGUCUCUACCAACAAUAAUCACCAAAACUACUGUUUAUAUACGGACGGACAAAGUAUACCUCAAUGACACUGGUCACAGAUAUCUCAUUUGUCUCUACCAACAAUAAUCACCAAAACUACUGUUUAUAUACGGACGGACAAUAAUCACAAAAACUAC